AUGGCGAUUGAGGAACAGAAAGAGAUGACCAUCGUUUCCUCGUCAGACAGUGGACUUGGCAUCAUAUUGUCGAGCGCCACAAACUCCAAAUUUCUUCGUACUACCACCAUUCCCGACAUGUUUCCCGAGAUGAUCCCCGUGAGUAUCUAG